ACAGAUACUUUUAAUCAAUCACAGGGCUGAUACGAGUGCAGCUGUUCUUUCCACUCGUCUGAUUGGCUGAGAGCUUUCCCAGGCCCCGCCUCUGAGGCUUUAUGUAAGCUGACUCAGGUUCUGUUCUUCACUCUGCUGAUCACACUGCCAUCAUGCUGCUCAGCAUCUGCACUCUGCUCCCUGCUCUGGCAUUGGUCAGUUCACAGAAAGUGGUGACGCAAAAGCCUUCGGUUCGAACACAGGAGAAGGGAAACACCGUCACUAUGGACUGUAACAUCGCAAAGGAUGAGAGCAACUAUGUCUCCUGGUACAAACAGAUUCCUCAAGAAGCUCCACAGUUUGUGUUGAGAUUUUAUUAUUCUAACAGUUCUCCUGGUAAAUAUGGAGACAAUUUUUCUUCCACACGUUUCACAUCUAAAGCCUCAACAAACAUCGAUUAUCAGUUAAUAAUCAGUAACGUAGAGGUGGGAGAUUCAGCAGUGUAUUACUGUGGAACGAGGGAUGACUCUACUAGUGGGUACGUAUUCGGCCAAGGAACAAAGCUGAUCGUCAGCGACGCUGCUCUCCCGGCUCCUGUUCUGAACCUUCUUCCUCCGUCCAGUGAAGAGCUGAAGUCUACAAAAGCCACUCUGGUGUGUUUGGCCAACGACGUGGCUGGUGGUUUUGCUGAUGUGCGUUGGCUCGUGAACGGGAACCCGGUCACCAGUGGAGUCAUCACCGGCUCUGCACAGCAGCAAGCCAAUAAGAAAUUCUCCCUGAGCAGCUAUUUGACCAUCGACAGCUCCGAGUGGGAAAACGACAAAGUCAUAACGUGUGAAGUGUCUGCUGGAGGAAAAGCCGCAUCGGUGAAGAUCAAGAAGUCUGAAUGCAGUGAAUGAACCUGAUUUCUUUUUUUGCUUGAUAGAUACAUGAAUUCUUCUGCAAAGUUUUGUAGAUACUGUAGAUGAUAGAUUUAGAAUAAAACAAUAGCAAAUCCUGCAUGUAAUGAAAUCAGCGUUUGAAUAAAAGUGCAAGUCUGAAAAAAA